GCGACGUACAGCGCCCGCAGUGGCAAGACCAGUGAAAUUCGCCGCAUCGGAGUGACCAAAGCACUGGAGAGACCAGACAUCAUAGCGCGCUCCACGCCUGCUUCUCACCUUCAUACCGACAUCGUCCUGAGCGAUGGCUCUCGUCCUUCUUCAAUAUUAAUCCUAUCUCUCUAUCAGGGUUCGCGCCCUCUUCCUACCAUCUGAAUAGCCUCUCUUUUCUUGCUGCGGCCGAGCGCCGCCGGAACCUCGGACCACCAUGGCCUUUCAGGUUGCAGCUAGCAUGCCGAACAUCACGGCUGUAUCUUCAGAUCUCUGGCCUUCUAUAUCGAACGUCCUCUCCGCGCCCCGGAGACAUGUUGACCGCUCUAUCUCCGGUUCUAGAGUCACCUCCAGGCCGAACACUGCUCAGCGCGGUAUUGCCACCAAAGCAGGAAAUGCAAAGGCAUCUCAACAUUUAUCGCUACCUGAAUGUCUGGGUACAGUGUCCCUGAACACGCUGAGAGCUGGCAUGACCUCUGGUGUGCCAUCACAAGUUCUAGGACGGACUUCGACAACAUGGGCUUCCCAGUCGCUCCCGCGGAUACGUCCAGGCAUGUCACAAGCUUCUCGUCAGUAUUCUAGCAUGUCUGGCUUUGGCCUCAGUCGCCUUCGACCAGUGCCUCGAGUAAAGGGUCUCCCCCAAGUUGAACAGCAACGGAGUUUUUUUGGCGGGCUAUCGACCAACAUGUUGGCACAGAAGGAGAAAACAGCGAAUAACAACCCCAGUAGCGCCAACGCCCAGAACGCGUUCUACCAAGCGCUCCUGCGCGCCAAUAUGCCUGCUAUCAUCGUGGAGCGUGUACGGAGCGGACGUUUCGCCGGCAAUGCAGCUACUGAGGCACUGUACCUGAAAGCACUGCAGCGUGUGGGUGGUGCCGAUGCGGCCUUCCCCGUUGCGCAGGCUCCAGGGCAGAAUCAAAACAUCCCUCCGGAACAGUUGCAGGCCAUCGGUCAAGCGGUUGCGGCGCGGAACUAUGGCGGCCAGAUCGGAAUGGCCACGAAGCAGACAGGCACCGGCGCCAAGGACGCUCCUCUGUACGUCGUGGUCGAAGAGUCACUAGGCAGCGCUGUGUUUCGAUGGAUCAAGUUCCUUCUCUAUUUUGGCUUCUUUACGUACAUGUCCCUCGUUCUGGUUACCAUCCUUAUCGAAACAACAGGUGUUCUGAAGAACGUCCGCGGUCCGCAGAAUAACGAAGCGCAACCUCAGCAGCAAAAAGUCCGUUUCAGCGAUGUGCACGGAUGCGACGAGGCCAAGGAUGAACUCCAAGAGCUGGUCGAGUUCCUUCUGAACCCGGAGCGAUUCUCAACUCUCGGUGGCAAGCUCCCCAAGGGUGUACUUCUGGUUGGACCUCCGGGUACCGGAAAGACCCUGCUGGCUCGUGCUGUCGCUGGAGAGGCUGGUGUGCCCUUCUUCUACAUGUCUGGAUCCGAAUUCGAUGAAGUCUAUGUGGGUGUUGGAGCUAAGCGUGUCCGUGACCUUUUCGCCCAGGCUCGUUCCAAGGCACCGGCUAUCAUCUUCAUCGACGAACUGGAUGCCAUAGGUGCCAAGAGAAACGAGCGUGACGCUGCCUACGUGAAACAGACGCUUAACCAGCUUCUGACUGAGCUCGAUGGUUUCUCCCAGACCAGCGGUGUUAUCAUUAUUGCUGCUACCAACUACCCGCAGUUGCUCGACAAGGCUCUGACUCGCCCAGGUCGUUUCGACCGCAGAGUUGUUGUCGGUCUUCCGGAUGUGCGCGGCCGUAUGGAUAUCUUGAAGCACCACAUGAAGAACGUCCAAGUCGGUACAGAUGUGGAUGUUGCCGUUAUCGCCCGUGGUACUCCUGGAUUCUCCGGUGCAGACCUGGAGAACUUGGUGAACCAGGCCGCUGUCCAUGCCAGCCGCAAUAGACAAAGCAAGGUUGGUCCUAAGGACUUUGACUGGGCCAAGGAUAAGAUCAUUAUGGGUGCGGAAGCACGCAGCCGUAUCAUCCAGGACAAGGACAAGCUCCUGACUGCGUACCACGAGGCUGGCCAUGCUCUUGUCGCCUACUUCUCGCCAUCCUCCACUCCUCUAUACAAGAUUACGAUCGUUCCGCGAGGAAUGGCAUUAGGUGUGACGCACUUCCUUCCCGAGAUGGACAUGGUUUCGAGAAACUACACGGAAUACCUGUCUGAUAUCGAUGUAUCGAUGGGUGGUAAGGCUGCGGAAGAGCUGAUCUUCGGCCCUGACAAGGUGACCAGCGGUAUCUCAGCGGAUCUUCAACAAGCUACAGAAACCGCUUUCACCCUAGUGACCCGGUUUGGUUAUUCCAAGAAACUCGGAAACGUUGAUCUCUCUACGAACUACAACAGUCUUUCGUCUGAGACCAAGCAAGAAAUCGAAGCUGAAGUGCGUCGUCUGGUGGAAGAAGGCCGCGCCCGCGCCACAAAGAUCUUGACCGAGAGGCGCAGCGAGCUGGAGACGCUCACCAAAGCGCUGAUGGAGUACGAGACGUUGACCAAGGAAGAGAUGGAGAAGGUUCUUCGCGGCGAAAAGCUCGAUAAGUUAGAGUCUAUACCCACGGCGCCAUUGAAGCUGCCCGAGGCAUUGCAAGCCCCGGGGCUGAACCCUUCCACCGCAGCUGGUGAUCCACCAACGACGGUGGAGUGAAUUUGGAAAUCCGGAUAUAUCCAUCUAUUCCCCCCUUUCUGUAUUAAAUUUACAUGUCUGAAUCAAUAUAAGAAGAAGUAAGGAAAAGAGAAAAAAGACCCAACCAACUGAAUCCGAGUCAAAUAUGUAUAUCUUCCCACGCUGUGUAUCUAAACAAACCAUUUCGAAACACUAUGACUGGUUUUUAUCAUUUCUCUCUCGCGUUUCCUACAAGUUAUGUGUUUCUUGCUCUUUAUCUAGUCUAGUUUAUUCUGGCGCGAACUACCAAGCAGGCAUUGUAUCAAUAUCAAUAUCCUAGCAAUGGCAAUUGAAACAUCAUGUGAAGAUAA